AUGGACAAGUUUGAUAAUAGUGAAAAUGAAAAAAGUGUUUGCCCAAAUGAUAGACAAUUAGCAUUGCGAGCCAAGCUAAGAACUGGUUGGUCGUCAUGCAGACUCACACCAACCAAUUUAGGACCAGAUGAACAAUCCACAAUACUAUCAGUAAUAAAAAGAGCUGAACAAAUCGAUUUAUCUGAACAGGAGCGUGUGGGACGUUUAAUGGAGCGUUUAGAAAAUAUGAAGCGACGUGCCCUGGACAGAGGCCCCCGACAAUGUAGACUUUGCGGUUGCCCAUUUGGUAUCCUUGGACCCAGUAGGCACACGUGCGCCGAUUGCGAACGAGCAGUCUGCGCCCAAUGUGCUGUUGAUUUUCUUGUCAGGUAUUUGUAUCUGUAUCUUUGCAGGGAACAUUGGCUGUGUCGUAUAUGUUCUGAAACGCGCGAGAUUUGGAAAAAAUCUGGUGCAUGGUUCUUCAAAGGUCUUCCACAGUACACUCUUCCUGGAUUUUCGCAGCAAAUUUCAAAACAAACAAAUUCUAAUCGGACUGUUGAAAGAGCGGGUGUUAGAAUAGAAGACAGUAGCAGUGAAGAUGAAUCAAGUUUAUAUUCUAAAGCUACUUCGUCAAAACCAGAAACAAACGGAGAUGCAAGUGGAAGUUAUUCCAGACAAAGCAGUAGCGGAAAUGGAAAACAACCAACAUCGGGUAACAAUUUGAGUACAGAUGGUACGGAAUCAUUAGGAAGAAAUAAUAGCUUAAGGGCUAGAAUACGAAAUAUACAAAGAAAACCUUCUGUUGGAUCUAACUGGUCCGAAGAUUCCCUUACAAGAGAAGCGACAUUAGGUUGGCUAGAAUUAUCCCUUAGAUUUGAUCGUAUAGGUUGUGCGGUUCAUUGUUCAAUCGUACGAGCAAGAGAUUUACCAGCAAUGGAUUCGGAAGGAUUAGCUGAUCCAUUUUGUAAACUAACCAUCUUACCAGCUGGUAUCUAUAUUUACAUUUAUUGGUUGCGCACAAAAACCGUUCAUAAGACCAGAAACCCAGAAUUCAACGAGUCGGUCACGUUUUACGGAAUCGCAGAGUGCGACUUGACAGAAAGAGCCUUGCACGUAGUUCUUAUGGAUGAUGACAAGUAUGGGCAUGAUAUACUAGGAGCAGUUCAAGUCAACCUCAACAGUCUGCAGAUAACCGGACGCCCUAGCAGACUAUCCAUGCCGCUUGUUUCAGAAAACAGUUCUGAUCUUCCUGAUAAAUGGCCAAGAGGCAAAAUACUUUUAACUUUAAGUUAUAACACGAAGAAACGUGCUUUAGUUGUUCUUAUUAACAAAUGCAAAGAUCUAGCUGCCAUGGAUAGCAAUGGAUUUUCAGACCCGUUUAUCAAAAUGCAACUAAAACCCGAUAGACAUCAUCGCAAGCAUAAAACGUCUAUUAAAUGGAGAACUUUAAAUCCAAUUUUUAAUGAAGAAUUCACUUUUGAAACGAGACCUACAGAAUUAACAAGGCAGUCACUGAUCUUAACAGUUUGGGAUAAAGAUUAUGGUAAAAGUAACGACUUUCUGGGAGGAUUAGAACUAGGGCCUUCGAGCAAAGGAAGAAGAUUAAAGCAAUGGAGAGAUUGCAUAAAAUUUCCAGAUCAUAGGCACGAACAAUGGCACUGCUUAGCACCACAUCCUCCUUGA